AUGAAAAGAAUGUUCUAUCAUUACAGGAUGCUGCAUCAAAGGGCCGACGGAACUUUUUUGAUAAGGGAUUCGACGAAUUUUCCAGGAGAUUACACUUUAUCGAUGGCGUACAGGGGCAAGGUGGAACACUACCGAAUUUAUCAAAGCGGGGGACAAAUUACGUGCGACAAUGAGGAGUUCUUCACUAACCUCACCCAGUUGGUUUCGCAUUACAAGCGCGAUGCUGAUGGGUUGUGCCAUCGUCUGGUGACUCCAAUAAUAUGUGAGAGCUAUCGCAUCCCGUCGAGUAAUGCGGAUAUUGAGGACCGUACUAGUGCCUUCCUGAAGGCUGGUCUUGUUAUACCAUCCGGUGACAUCCGUCUCGGUGAUAUUAUAGGCCACGGUGAAUUCGGAGAUGUGUUGGUAGGCUUCUAUAAGGACAAAAAAGUUGCAGUCAAAGUUUCGAAGCGACAUGGCAAUGGGAUGUUGGAUUCAUUAUUGGAUGAGUCGCGAUUCAUGGUAGGGUUAUCUCAUCGAAAUCUGGUGGCACUAAUUGGUGUCGUGUUGGACAAUGACAACAUUUAUAUGGUGACUGAAUACAUGGCUAAUGGGAAUCUUGUUGAUUUGUUGCGCUCGCGAGGACGACAUCAGCUCGAGAAGACGCAGUUGAUUCAGUUUGCGAUUGAUAUAUGUGACGGAAUGUGUUAUUUGGAAAGUCGCCAGAUUGUCCAUCGUGACUUGGCUGCACGUAAUGUCCUGUUGGAUGAUGAAUAUGUUGCUAAAGUGAGCGACUUUGGUCUUGCCAAGAAAGCUCAUUCGGCCGCCAAUGAUAAUUCGUCUGGAAAGUUCCCUAUCAAAUGGACUGCUCCAGAGGCGUUACGGCAUAGCAAUUUUUCAACGAAAAGUGAUAUGUGGUCGUUUGGAGUUUUAUUGUGGGAGAUAUUCUCAUUUGGCCGUGUACCGUAUCCACGCAUUGGUGUCGAUGGUCGUUCGCCGAUACAAGAUGUUGUGCGCCACAUAGAGCGAGGAUACCGUAUGGAAGCACCAGAAGGAUGUCCUGCUGAUGUUGUUCGUAUUAUGCAUGACGCUUGGGCGCUGCAGCCGCAAGAUAGACCGUCAUUUGCACAG